CCCUUUAUCUACCCCUGUUUGUCGGCUCGUAUGCUACUCCAUUGACCUAGAACGAUACUAGACACAAUAAAAAUCCCCGCACACACGAAGUGUCCUACUUUCACGCGAAUAGGAUAAUCCCCGGGAAACACCAACCCUAUGACUAAUGUGUACAUCGGGUAUGAAGACAUGCAAACACAGUUGUUUCGGUUUUCUAUCUGUUGGUAUCCUCUCCACAGGUUAGUCAACAUGUGAGAUGUCAAAGUUGAAGACAUCACACUGUCGUUUGGUGAAUUCAAUACGUCAGUUUCGGCAUUCCCGGAAAUAUUUAAAUGACAGAGGAGUUUCGGGUUGGCCUAUUUAUUACUUAUUACACCGUCGUGUACAUCAGCAAACGGCUGAUUAAAUUAUUACUGAAAAAAAGAAAAUGGACGGAGAUUCAUUGGCUGAUAUUUUGGGUUCGAGCGAACACACGUAUGAAUCUGUCAGCCACCCCAGGUGUCCGCCACCUUCAACUCUAAACACGCAGGACAACAUCCACAUACAACACUCGCAGACGUCCGCAGUCCUGCCUACAAACCAGUCCUUAGCCUCGCUUUCGCAGCUGUUCAGCAUAAAGCAAUAUGAAACAGACAAGAAAGCUUUUUCCAAAGCUUGCAAAAAUCUCCAAAUACAGCUCAGCAUUUUGGUGACGGCAAAUCUGGUUCUGCUAGCCAUUUUUGUUUGGACUAUUCUGAUUGUGGGCGCCAAAGAUGCGAAGGCGACAGAAGUGAGCAGUUACGUGACAACAAAUAACCUGGCAGACAACUUUAGACUGUGCACGAAGUGUGCCUCGCUUGCUGCCAGUUACGGUGGAAUCCACGACGUCAUACGCGAGCUCAGGAUGGAGGAGGACCAGGAGCUGUGCUGCUUCAAGAUGAUUGGUCAGUUCCUGGACCUCUUCGAGCAGUAUGCGACUUGGUAUGUGGACAGAAACUUCAAACAAGAACCAUGCAGUGCUGACAUAACGGACGAUCAAAAACUGGAAAUCUUAUCCACGAACAGACCACUGAUGCACAGCAGGAAUGUGAAGCCAUCAAAGAAAGUUGGCAUUGGUGCCUUGGAGUGGACCUCGAGCGAUUCCCGAAUCAUCGACUUCAAUGGCAGUCACGCAGUCAUUCCAGUUACCGGGCACUACUACAUCUACAGCAGCGUCCAGUUCAAUUUCAGCGAGGACCACAAUGCGGCCAAGAUCCACUACUUACAAUACGACGAACAUCUUUCAGACAGACCGACUGCCAAGGUGGAACUUUUAGUUGGAGACCGGUCCUGUAUCGCAUUGGUCUCAACCUCCUCAUUUGAAGGAACUUUUAAAUUACAAAAGUAUUCAACCAUUGCUGUGUAUGCAAACGUGGAGUUGGUUAUCACAGACAAUGUUAAUAACUACUUUGGGAUGUAUUUGGUCUGAUUUCAGGCCAGACGUCUACAUUGCGACCGAUUUGGAAGCAUAUGUGACCAUUUUGUUUUUCGUUUGGCGACUGAAAGAUUUUAUACUGUCGCCCCCUGGCAACCGAACCACAGUUCAUGUAAACAGAAAAGCAGUAGUUAUGCUCCCAAAUGCUUGCGGCUAGGUUGUUGCAAGGUAGUUACAAGGUUGUUACAAGGUAGUACAAGCAAUGCAAGCUAUUUGCAAGCUAACAUUUAGCUCGCGUAAGGUAGUCAGUAUAUCUGCAAGCUUGCCGCAUGCAUGUUUUCAUUUGUGAAAGCAUGCGCAAGCUUGCUGCAUGCAUAUCUUCAACUGUGCAAGCUUCCCGCAAGCAUGUUUUAAUUUUUGCUAGCUUGUUGCAAGCAUAUCUUCAAAUGUGCAAGCUACCCGCAAGCAUGUUUUCAUUUUGCAAGCUUGCUGCAUGCGUAUCUUCAACUGUGCAAGCUUCCCGCAAGCAUGUUUUCAUUUUUGCAAGCUUGCUGCAUGCAUAUCUUCAACUGUACAAGCAUGU